AUGGUCAUGCCUGACAUCCUCAAGUCCCCCCUGAUCAUCUUCGUGAUGUGUGGCCCAGGUUGUGGCAAAGGGACACAGUGCAAGAACACGGCGACCAAAUAUGGCUUCUGCCAUGUGGGGCUGGGCCAGCUGCUGCGGCAGGAGGCCCAACGCAGCACCCAGCGGGGCCGGAAGAUCUAUGACAUCAUGCUGCAGGGGCUCCUGGUGCCCAUGGGCAUCAUCUUAGACAUGAUCUGCAACGCCAUGUUAUCUCACCCAGAGAGCCGGGGCUUCCUCAUUGACGGCUUCCCGCGGGAGCUGAGGCAGGCUAAGGAGUUUGAGCGCAUUGUGAGUGACCCCAGGGGGUCCCCCUCUGCGGGUGCCUCGGUGGGCCGGGCCCCAGACAGCGUCACCGUGUUUGACUGCUCCAUGGACACGAUGGUUCGGAGGGGGCUGUGCCGGGGCCGCGUAGAGCACCGGGCAGAUGACUGUGAGUCGGCCAUCCGCCAGCGCCUGGAGACAUACCACACGCUGUGUGAGCCAGCCGUGACCUUCUAUCAGCAGAAGAACCUGCUCUGUAAUGUCGGUCCUCCCUGCUUGCCACUCACCUCCCACCCCACCGACUGA